AUGCGUCACGCAAUCGAUUGCGAUUACAGCUCACAACCCAGAGUUGCCAGCAGCUCGCCGACUGAAACUGGUUCGUCAAACUCGACUUCUUCGGACAAAGCCGAUGGCAACUAUACCUACAUCUCAUCCACCCCGACGAACUUCAAGCCGCCCACGCGAGCACAUGGCCCUUCACGCACCUCGGCAUCUCAGCCCUACCUUUCUGCUCCCCCCUCGCAUGAGAUUGCUAAGAGGCCAUUCAAAUUCACAGCUACCGACAUGGCGCUCUUUCAUCAUUUUCUGACUUCUAACGAGCUAACCGCCGUCCAACCCCGCGCUCAGCAGCAACUCUGCCGGCUAGGUUUCUCUCAUCACUAUGUUCUGCGCCUACUGCUAGCCUUCGCCGGAUUUCAUUUGGUGCGAAAAUCAGAAGGCAAUCCAAUGGUCCAGUAUAUGGGCACCACGGCGACGGACUACUUUGCUGAGGCCAACCAUCAUUUGGAAACGGCGGUGCAGGAGGUCACGGCGCUGGUCCCGCAGAUCAUUCCCAAUAAUGCGCCUGCGUUGUACGCGUCCGCGAUCUUCAUCUUUCUCUCCUCCUUGGCCAGGGGCCCGCAGCCGGGCGAGUACCUGGCCUUCCGGGAUGGUGGCGGGCCUGGAUACUUGGGGCUUUUUCUAGGUAUCCGCUCUAUUCUAGAGCUUUGCCAAAAUGACAUCCCAACCGAUGUGUUCGCCAUUUCCGGGGACGAGAACCCUGAUUCGGAUACAUCCGAAGGUGGCGACCCGGCAAGCCGGGACCCUGGUAUUAGCGCAGAGUCUCACAAUUACGAACACCAUCUCAACUCGCUGCGCGAGCUUCUAACUAUUUAUGUGCCUGACUCGGACCCUCGAUCUCCCAGCUAUCAUCGCAUGUUGAAUCACCUUCACUACUGUCUUGCUGCUGUCCUGGGUCCCGGUCCCCGUUCACCCGGGAUGUCUCUAUUCCCGCAUAUUUUCGCAUGGCUCUAUCAACUUCCAGAUGAUUUGGUACACGAUCUGCGGCAGCAAGAGCCGGUCGCUCUCAUCCUAUUUUCGUUCUUUUGUGUUCUCUUACGUCAGCUGGAUGCUGUCUGGUUUAUCCACGAAUGGCCGCAACAUAUUGUCAAGGGCGUGUACGGGAAGCUCGAUCCUGCGUUCCGACCGUUCGUGCAAUGGCCGCUCGACCAGGUGGGACUCGGUGAUCCGGACCAACUCUUGAGUGUACCGACCGACCUUACUGCUUACGGUAGUACGUGGGUGGGUAGCGGUGGAUCUUAG